AUGGUUUCAACACAUUUAAUCAUUGUACCAUGUCAUGGCAUCUGGAAAGGAAGAAACCCACGUGACAGAGACAAUUGGCACUUGGCUCCAUUUCAAAUUGAAGGAAAUGACCAUAUAUGUUUUAUCGAGCAUCUUUCCACAGCAUACCUGGAACUCGAGGCCGAUCCUGCCGCAUUCAUGAUUAUUUCUGGAGGUGAAACUAAACGAGAGGCUGGUGAAAUAGCAGAAGCAACUACAUAUCACCAACUACUAAAUGAUCUUUCUCUAAUCGAUUCUAAUAAAGAUACAAAGACGAAUAAAGAUUUGGUUGGAGGUGAAUUUAAAAGUAUACAGAGUAGAAUUGCCACAGAGGUUUAUGCACGGGAUUCUUUUGAAAAUGUCUUGUUCUCCAUGUGCCGUUUUUACGAGCUUCACAAGAGGUAUCCUACUAAAAUCACCAUAACCGGAUUUGAAUUCAAGUCGUACAGAUUUACCCAGUUGCACUUACUUCAGGCACUAGCUUUCAACUUGGAUAAUGUUGUGUACUUGGGGAAUCAACCAAACCCAAGCCAUCUCAGUACAGAGGCAAAGCAAAAGUAUUUCAAAGAAUUGGACCACAGCGAAAAACAACAUGCAGCCAAUGUAUUUGCACAGGAUUGGUAUGGCAUUGGCCCAAACUUGAAGAGUAAGAAACUAAAGCGCAACCCAUUUGCAAAAAAACAUUCUUACGCAAUAACAAAUCCCUAUAUUACCAACUUUUUAAAUGAGAUUGCAGAUGAUGUAAAAAAACCCAAACUGAACCAAGAAAUUAAACGGAUAUUGCUACAAAGUGCACCAUGGACAAUUGAAAGAAUCACGCAAAGCACCCAAUUGCAUCAAGAGUAA